AUGGGUAACAAGUACAGUAUCACUAUCACCCUUGACAAUGGCGACCGACCUGCCGUUGCAGGCAAAACUUUGAAGGGAAACGUCAUACUGAAAGCCAACAGAAGGCUCCAUCCCAACAACCUUGUGCUAUACUUGAUUGGGAAGGAAAACACAAUCAUAACCAAGGCCACAAAAGGAACGAGGAUACGUGAUUACAAAGUUAUCGCUCGGGCAAUGACAACCUUAUUAGAUCCCGGUAAAGAAAAUAUUUCAAAAGGUAUCCACACGAUACCAUUUUCGUUCAUGUUGCCGGCAUCGUUACCAUCAAGCGAACAGUUUCCGAAAGUUGAUUCCAGAAGUUUUAACGGAAAAAUUGAGUAUCGCUUACGAGCUCAACUCGGAGAUUCAUUUGUCGAACGAUUAUUUACUGUCGAAUCUGCUCCUCUACCGUCGGAUAUCGUUCCUUGUAUGCUCAAGCCCCAGACAUACGAACUGAAAAGGCUGGGCUUUUUGAAUACUGGUUGUUUGUCCAUUGCUGCUAGUUUGGAGAAUUCAAGAGUUGGACGUGGUCAGCCACUGGGUAUCUCACUUGCUUCUCGUAAUGAUACAAGCAACAAAAUUGUUAGAGUUCAACUAAAGCUGGUGGAGUUGAUUGAGUAUCGAUCUCGUGGAGAAGAAGCGACAUCCAAGCAAGACUUGGAAAAGCUAAAAGACAUUGACUUGCCAAGUCUCGAAAAACAAAAAGGCGAAAACUUAAAGUUCAGCAAGGAUGGUUUUGCCGAGAAGAUGGAAACAACGUAUCGUUCAAUUUACACGGAUUUGGUGUCUAGCAAGAGUCAGAUUGACCUGAUUGUCCCAAGCGAGGCAAGGGAUUCGUACAAUGGAAACUUGAUGACUAUAUCACAUUAUGUGAAGGUCACUUUUGUCACCAAAGCAAUGAUUGACAAUCCAACGCUGAAAAUCCCCAUUGUUGUCGGCAAUGCUCCCCCGAAAAGAGCGAAAGAGAGACGCCAAAGGACACCUGGAACACCUGUUUCGACCAUUCUUGUGGAUGAAGAGAUCCCUGAGAUGCCCGACGACCCAUGCGAUGAGUCGACAAUCACAGUUGGCACUGGAGCCAGUGGCUUGCCAUUUGCCGAUGCUAUCUUUUUGGAUGAGGCGCAAACCACCAGCCUCCUCGAUACUGUCCCGAUUUAUCCACCGAUGCUCGCUGAAGAAAAGGAUCACCCAGAUAGAUUACUUGACCUCAAAAAGGCAUCAUAUCCACCACGUGUUGCACCGUCACCCACCGCGCCCGAUGAGGCUAUGUUGAAGGAUCACAAACCAACAAAAUUUGGAAGCCACAUCCGCGACUUUGACGGGCUUUCAACUAGUCACGCUCCAAAGACUCCUCCUCGCCCACCAAAACCAGCAAAGUCUAAUGGCAAGUCUUCAGGUGAAAACAUCUAUCACUCUCCUUAUCGCAUGUAUACUGCACAACCGCAACGACCAAUGCUAUACACUUUCGAGGAUAGUGAUGCAUCAACCUUUCAAGGGAAAGAGGACGAGCCUUCGCCUGCUCGAUUUGCUUCCAAACGCAGACCUCUUGCUGAUAUUCAUCCAAAUGCUAAUGCUAAAGUGAACGAUCCAGAACCUCAGACACGAUUAACAAAGAAGACUCAUCCAAGCCGAGAUGCGGGAUCGAGGCAUCGAUUGAACCGGCUGAUCCAUGAACUCCGAGGAUCCAUUCACGACUAUGAAGUCAUUGUUACUUAUGCUAGUCAUCCAGAGUAUCGGCAACUAUUUCCCACUCUAACAGCGCUCGAAUUGGGAAUUAUCAUGUCUCAUGUAAACAUGAACCACCAAGUGAAAGUUGCCAGGCUCAUGGCUCGCCAAAUGUCUUAUGAUCAAGCCUUUACGUGUGCUCAUUGUGCAGAAGUGAUCAAAAGGACAUCUGAGUUUUUCCGAGCCAACAUGGUCGAAGCAUUGCUACCAUUCUGUGAGGAUUUGACAACAAAUCGUAAACUCGUCCAGAACAGCUUGAGCGAAUGGGAGCUGAUGAUCACCGACCGUCUCUUUGAUGGACUCUACGAAUGUUAG